AUGCGUUCCGGGCCCUGUGAAAAAAGUUAUUCCACAAAACGUAAAGGCAUGUUUUGUGAAAAUGUAUGGAGAUUUUGCUGUUUUUAUCGAAAAUCGGCAUUUUUGAGCAUUCAUUUCUCUCGGGACAAUUGGUCAGAUGAAAAACUGCAAAAACAGAAAUGUUCAUUCAUAUUUCAACUUCAAUAA